GUUGCCGGUCGGGUCGUUCCCCGCCGGGAAUGGCGCGGCUCCUGCGUAUUUUCUCCUUUACUCCCCUGGCAUCGUGGCCCGGGAAGAGGUCGCAGUAACGGCGCUGCCGGAUGGGCCGAGCUCUGAAUGGCCGACUGCCUCUGUCGGGCAAACAUUGGCCUCAUUCCGUCAGCAAUUGAUACAGCGCUGAAAGCACUCCAGAGAUUCAAGCAAUUACACAAUGAAUCUAGUUCGACUCGUCUGUCGCCACAAAACAGCCCUUGGGGUUGCAACCCUAUCCUUGUUUGCACUAAUGCUGCUUUACCUGGCGAAAUGCACCUCAGAGACUUUGAAAUCGCCCGGUUUACCUCGUGGGAUUGAGAGACGGAGUGGCAGUCAGAACCACAGCAGAACAAAAGGCCGCUCUGCUUUUCUUGUUUUGUUGAUCACCACUGGUCCCAAGUACACAGAGAGGCGAAGCAUUAUCAGGAGUACGUGGCUGGCUAACAGAGACCCGGAAAUCCUCCCUUACUUUGCCAUUGGCACCAGCGGGCUUCCGGCAGAAGAAGUUCAAAACUUGGAGCAGGAGAACGCUCGGCACCAUGACCUUCUGCUACUCCCAGAUUUGAAGGACUCCUAUGAAAACCUUACCAAUAAAAUCCUUCAUAUGUAUGCUUGGAUAGACCAAAACAUUGACUAUAAGUUUGUGCUGAAAGCAGAUGAUGACACUUUUGCCAGGUUAGACAUCAUCAAAGAAGAACUGAAAGCAAAAGAGCCAAAGAAACUCUACUGGGGAUUUUUUUCUGGACGUGGAAGGGUUAAGUCUGCAGGCAAAUGGAAGGAGAGCACUUGGGUUCUAUGUGAUUAUUAUUUGCCCUAUGCUCUAGGUGGUGGAUAUGUUCUGUCUGCUGAUUUGGUGCACUAUAUUCGAAUUAACAUUGAUUAUUUGAAGGUGUGGCAGAGUGAGGAUGUCUCUUUGGGGGCCUGGCUGGCACCUGUAGAUGUCAAACGCCUGCAUGACCCACGGUUUGAUACAGAGUACAAGUCACGUGGGUGCAAUAACAAGUAUAUUGUGACACACAAGCAGAGCAUUGAGGAUAUGCUUGAAAAGCAUCAGACUCUCCAAAGAGAAGGAAAACUGUGUAAGGAAGAAAUUAAAGCAAGAUUAUCUUAUAUUUAUGAUUGGUAUGUCCCACCAUCCCAGUGCUGCCAGCGAAAGGAUGGCAUACCCUGACAUUGCAAUCUGGCACCAGAUAGGAAGAGAUGGCGAGAUCUACAUUGGGAAUUGGAAAGCGGUAGUGUAGGUGUUAAUGCAGGAUGUUUCUCCAAAGCAUUGACAUGGCACUUAUUUCCAGGAUUUCUGACUCUGAGCAGGUCUUUACUGAGUAAUGAAUCUGCAAGUUCGAGAUUAUAACUUGUACCUUCAGCAUUUUUCUCCAAAAAGCACAAGGUUGCUGUGGUUCCUGAUCAGAGUACAGGUUAGCUCACUGUAGUGCCAUAGGUUCAAGUCCUGUUUGUCUGUCUUUUGAGACAUUUAAAGUUGUGGUCACUCUCAUCAUUGUUUCCCUGUGCAAAGCCAAUGUCAAAGAACAAACACCUAGUAUUGCAAAUCUGAACUCGGUACUCCAAGCUGAGCAGUGUUCACAGGUAGUUGUGUAGAUUUUACGGUGCAUUGUGUCUAAUUGCACAAAAGUCUGAAGAUUUGGGAUUGUGUAAUCCCAUUAUAGUAAACGUAAUUUAAUUAUAUUUGUGUAUAUGCAUAUAUAGCUGUGUAUAUGUGUCAUGCAUAAGUGUGUGUUUAAAUUUACUUACUUAGAUAAAAGCCUUUUAAAGUGGCUCUGAGCCACAUUUUAUCACCGCUUGCUCAAGUUGAAUUGACUCUAGUUCAAAUUCUCUCUCACAUGACCAGGCAGCAGGAAGAAACAUCUGCUGAGGUAAAGGUUGCAAAUCAAAACCUUGAGAAUGUCUACAAAGUGUUUCUCUCCCCAACACAAUUGUUAAUAAUAGUUUUAAAAUAAUUAACUAUGUUUUUGUAUUCAUUGUAAUGCAGGAUCUUUUGUAACUUGCCCAACUAAAUUGCAUGGAGGUUGUCCACUCAUGCCUGCAGUCUUGAUGUUGCUUGAUUGACUUUUGGUAUUUCCGUGUUUUAGUCUUUAACCAGUUGUAGAGUAAUUUCAUCUUUAAAGUACAGCACAGCUUUGGGGAAAAAUAUGGAUUUGACAGUUCAGCUUUAUAUGAAAGUCAGAUUACAUUGAGCUUGCUCUGUUCUCCAGGAACAUGAGAAUCUACAGUGAGAGCCCAUUAAUGUAGAAUUUUAUUGUUCUAAUUUUCACACCUAACAUUGAAGUAGUUUGUUUGAAUUGCAUCAUGUUAAUAAUUCAGGGAGCUUUAAAAAUUGUCAAUAAUGUUGACAAACAGUGUUAGGAAAAUACUUUAACCAUCCUGUUGUGUCAUAUUUUUAGCCAGUGUGUUUCAUCAUCCUGAGCAUAUGUUUCCUCAUAAUCACUAUUGUAAACGUAAAAUAUUGAGUAAUUUCAAGUGUUCGUGUUUAACAUUUUGCCAUUCCACAAAAAUGUAUUUACAAGAAAUUAAGAAACUUCCAAAUUGAGGAAAGCUAUAGAUUUGUUAAAGUUCAGGGUGACAUCAGGUGAGAAGUACCAAUGAAUUUUAUAACAAUGUGAUUUUGUGUAGAAGUAAAAUUGUUCCUUUUUGAAAAUGUCAUUGUUAUUGCUCAAGGCUAAGAUUUUUUAAAAAGAGAAUUUUAUCUUGGAGAGGCAAUCUGAGCUCACCUUUUUUUUUUGUGUGUGUGUUUUUAAUUGUUGCCAGAAUUUGGUGCGCAAGUCCACUUCACUGUCAAUGUGUUGUAUUUGUCUGGUCCAAAAGCAUUGCUCAAGAUAUUGCAUUCACAGUAGAAUUAGGCCCUCUACUGUUGUGGUUAGAGUUAAAGUCGUGUGCAGCAGAUAAUUACAUCACACAACACCUUUUAAAUCAUGACAAGCAGGGUCUGGUAAGUUAUAUCAUUUAGUGACUAAAUAUCAGGAAAUGUAUACCUUGUGUACUGUGAACCUGAUCUGCAUAUUUAUUGUUCUGAGCUGAGACUGGGAAUGUGGUGUUGAAACAGGUGAUGGCAUUUUAAGGAGUAUUUUUCUAAUCCAAAACUGCUGAGUAAAUUUCUGUGGAAUUUCUCAUGACCAACCAUGUUGUUUCCUACUCAUUGAAACUUGCAAUUCAAAUGGCCAGUCCAGGAAGAAAGCUUUAUACUGGGAUCAGAAUGGACAAAUAACAUGGAAACAGAUUAAUUACUGUGUCUUCAAACCCUUCAAACAUUUUGCUUGAACAUGGAUCUAGGAGUGUGUAGAUUAGGAGGAUUAUUGUUUGUUCCAAAUGUGCUACUGCAUUUGCCCAGUUUGAAGAGAUAAUGUAAAUCGCUGAAUUCUUGUAUGUCCUGCCUUGUGUUGAAGAUGUUAAACUGUAUAUGUACUGAAUGAGUCAUACCUUUACCGAGUGUUGACCCAAUUAAUGGAUUUGUACUUCGUAGUUCUCUAAAGUGUGUUGUGUAAUUAACUGUGCUGCUAUGUUGACAUUUCCUGUUACUGGACAAUGCUUUCAAGGAGUAAUAACUGGUAUUUGUUUGUGUUUAGUGAAACUAGCAUAUCAUUCUGGUAAUAAAGCCUAAUUCUGGUAAUGCUCAACAAGCCAGACACUUAGAAUGACAUUUAAAAUUAGUAAUUAAACAGUUUUCCUUCAUUCAGUUCUGAGAAGUAACCAUCUGUGAAAUGUUAGCUCUGCCAUGAAAAAUGUACCUUCCUUAUUCUGGGCAUUACUAUUCUGUCAUGCAUCUGGCUGACACUCAAUGGGACAUUCUAUAUCAAAACUAUCCAUCACCUCCACAGAUGCAUACCUCUACCACCAAGAUAACUGAGGAUUGCUGACUUCUCUGAGAGAGCCUUGUCAUUGUCAAAUAAUUGUUGGACGGACUGUGCUGUUUCCCCUGCGUGCUCAGCUGUCAUCAAAUGUAGUUGGGCGUUGUGAACAUAAAUUUGUAAACUGACUUCUUACUGAUCUUUUGUAUGAAAUUGAUCCAAUCAAUAAUACUAUUCAUUCUCAUCUGUCUUUACAUCCUGCUUGCCACCAAGCUGCUGAAACAUUCACCAGUAUUUCAAGCUUUAUUUUCCCUUUAUGAUAUUGUUGAAAGCUUUCAAAAUAACUUGUUGUAGAGUUACAAUAUUGCAUUUGAAUUUAGGUCAAUGUAAAAGAAUUUUGAAGGCUGAUACUCGAUACACAUAUGUGGACCUCAGCAUUUUAGAGAAGGAAAUACUAUGCAUUUUUAAAUGUCCUUUUGCAUUAUCAAUUCAAUGCAUUUAUUUAAAUCACUGAAGCGUCUCUCAUAAAUUUAAUUAUUUGACUUUGCAAGGAUCUAAUACAGCUCCUAAACAUGGGAAAAUGCAAAUUUAAAUCUCCAUAUAGAACAAACUAAAUUGGAAAUGUGCAGAUGUUAAAGAUUAAUUACCUUGGAUUUGAAUGUGACAUUUCAUAUUCAGAUGUUGCAAAUGUAGCUCAUGAUCUGAUUCAAAAUAUAAUUUUGCCUUCCUUUUCUGCAAUAUCUUUCCAACUAACUAUUAGUUCUCUCUCAUCCCAUUUUUAACUUAUUUCCUUCUGGGUACCUCAACCCCAAUCCAACCGGUGCUGGUUAUUCUCCCCAUGGCCCUAUCAUCCAUUACUAUUGUUGAUGCACCUAUAGUUCAGCGUUUGGUCAACACACUUCCCAUGAGUAGGCAGAGCCCAGGUAACUUCUCCAAUGCAGCAAACUGGAACGUGUACAUUAUCUGCUGUUUGAAGUCCUUCAUUCGUCCUGGUCUAAACUUGCCCUUUUUAAGACAAAUGAGAAAAGCAAUUUUUCUGAGUUAUGAAGCUUUGAAAUUCUGUGCCCCAGAGACCAGUGAAGCAUGAGUCAUUGAACAUUUUCAAAAAUCUGUCUCUCAGUUUUGGAACCAUUGGUGAGUCGAGUGUUAUGAGGUAUUGGCAAGGAGAAUGGCGUUGAGGCCAAAGUCAGAUCAGUCAUGAUCAUGUUGAAUGGUAGAGCAGGUUUAAACCUAAAAUUUAAUUCUGCUAUUUAAGUUCUUAUUGCUAGAGGCCAGAUUUUAGUGGGACAAUGGUAAAGGACCAAUUACCUUUGAAACAUAUUCCUCAGAGGCUAUUUAUUUUAUUUGAAAUGUUAUGCAGACUUUAAUGAUCCAAUAAAACAAAAUCAUAGUGUAUUUAUUUUAAAGUGGUCUUUUAAAAAUGUUAGAAUCAUGUAAAAGCUGUGACAAGAUAUUAUUUAAUUACUGUACAAGU